AUGGCUCAGAUAACGGACCCAAGUCUGCCUGUCAUUCUUUGCUUCCACGGGCACGGGACGAACGGUUCGAUCUACCGCUAUCAGGCUCGUACCGUCGUUCAGGUCCUUGCACCCAAGUUUCGCUUCGUCUUCGUCGACUCUCCACUCGAGACACCGCAGCCCGGCCCAGGCGUCCCGCCCUUCUUGGCAGACGCAAAGCCAUACAGGCGGUGGCACCACGAUGAGAACACAGCCGGCUUCUUCGACUUGACCUCCGGGGACAUCGAAAGCGAGAGGCGCCAAGUACGGGACACUCUCGCGGGCCAUAUCGAGCGGGACCAGCCGGUCGGCAUCAUGGCUUUCAGCCAGGGGACGCGUGUGGCCGCAGCCCUGUGCCUGGAUUCCGUUUUAGGGGCAAAUAUCAAGUUUGUCAUUAUGAUUUGCGGGGCUGUCCCAUUACUGCCCCUGGCGACAGGUCUCCAACCGCAGAUGCUCAACUUGCCAUCCGUUCAUGUCCAAGGGAGCGCAGACCCCUGGUUUGGGCGAGCAAAACGGCUUGUGCAAGAGUACUUCAACCCGAAAUGUGCAAGGACAGUUCGAUUCCAUACAGGCCAUGAGGUACCGUCUAGAUUGAGAGAGGCAGAAAAGAUCUCAGAUGAGGUGAUAGCAGCAUACGAAUCUGUAUCGAGAGACUCAAGUGUGGUUGUGUAG